AUGACUAGGAAAGCGGCCUUGUCACAUAGUGGAAAUCGAGAAUCCAACUAUGCGGCUACCAAAUCACAGCCCGACCUGAUAUCAAACGGGGUCACUGAUGACAACGCUUUCGGCACACCAGCCGCGCGAAGCACAUCCUUACCAAUAUCCUCCACUUCAACCAGAUAUGCUGCCAACCGAACCUUUCCACGGUAUGAAGCAAUCCUCAGCUGGAAGAAAUUGCCAGCCCGGGUUCUCGACCAUGUCUUAGAACGGCUCAGAGCAAUUCAUCUGGGUCCAAAUUCUGCUUCCUGUACAACAUGCUAUAUGCGAGAUCUAGCCUCGGUGCAGAUGACUUGCAAGGCAUGGUUUUCUGAGGCCCAGCGGCAUCUAUAUACCAAUAUCGAGAUUGUUGGUGAUGACGAUUCGUCGAUGCUUCAGAAAUGGAGACUGUCUCGAGCCGCACGCCUCGUUUGUCUGCGGUCCACACUACGAUCAAAGCACCUGCUCGCAGCAUUGGUCAAAACAGUUCACGUGCCGGAUCCACAUAUUCCCCUGUACCUUUCCAAUGAUUAUCCGAACCCAGAGUACGAUGGCUAUCUCUGCACACUGGCGUCUGUGAUUAUGUCUUGUCCAAACCUAGAAGCUUUGACAGGCUUCAUUCCAUUCUACAAUCACACGUUUGAUCGCUUGACGCACUCCCUAUCGACAAGAACUAAGCUUCGACAGCACGUUUGGGUUAUUGCUGAAAAUGAUGAUGUUAGCGCACGCAGCCAGAACCAGUUGCCUCCAGGACUAUUGGAUGAGCAUCAGGUCUAUCAGUUCACACAUUAUCAUGAUCGCUGGGCGAAUCUCGAAACUCUCAUGCUGUGUUCUCCAGCAAGGCUUGGUGUUAUCGAACACGAGCUCUCCAUUCACGUUCUGAACUCUUUACCAUCACUUCGAAGCUUGUGCAUCUCCACUUUCGACGCGGAUGACUUUCACGAUAAGACACUGCUUUCGGUUCCUCCAAUACAACGUCUUCGGCUUGAGGAAUGCAAUGGAAUAACUGAACACGGUCUGGCGAGAUGGGCAGCGAGCCCUGUUGCAUUCCAUAUCAAAGAACUCACUCUGCUACAUCAGAAUAUUAGACAUCUCUCAACGUUAUCAAAAUUGCUAGCUAGUUCAAGUCAUCUGACGAAAUUCACGAUUCUGCAGAACGACAUCGCCCCAUCGUUCACACAUGAAGAAGAGCGAGUCACCCUGCAACCGACACUUGCAUCUUCGUCCCUAGUGUUUCUCCAUUGGGACUUCCUCUGUCGAGACGGUCAAGAGCCUGACCAGCACCCAUACACGGGCACUACCUCCGGCAAACCCCCUCCUAGUGGUCGACUCUCGGCAAAUGCACACCUCGCGCUGUCUGUGCAGCAUGAUGGGUUUCCACGGCUCGCCCUUUUACGAGCUCCACGGGACAUUACGCCUUACGGAGUCUUGCAGUCUGUUUGUCUUCCUGCUCCUGAAAACAACUUCCUUCUGCCAGAAGAUAGAAGCAGCUUAGAGAGCUUUCAUGCGAAACCAUAUUCAAAUUCCCUUCAAAUCGCACGGAUUCGAGCUCACCGGAUGGCCCGUCAGGCCGUAAUGAAGCAAGUUUCGACCCAGACUUCUCGAAUGGCACAGCCAUCGCCCAAUUCACUCAAAUAUCCGUGGGAAAUAGUGGAGCCUGUGAAUUCGCAAGGGAGGACUGAUGUAGGAGCAGCAACAGCGAACCAAUGGCUGGCAGAUCAAGCAGACAUCCCUCCCAAUAUGCGACUACGUGGUAGCUCUCCAUAUGUGCCACCUCGACAUCCACUUCAUCUCAAGUCAACUGCGUCAGCUCCGCCGCAAUGCACCUCCCUGCAAAACAAUAAAGUAUCCGCUACAAGCUUCAAACGCCCAGCCUUUUACCUCCAACCAGACGUGAGGGGCAAUCAUGAGAAUGGCGGACUAGUGGGCUGGGCAGAGCUUCUGGGUAUCCAACAAAAGGCCAAGAUGAGAAACAAUAGUCGGCAAUCGAGCACAGACAACAUACGCAUGAGCCCUGAAUUUGUUCACUCUGAAAGCAGCAGCGAACAUCAGAUGUCGACAAACCUUACCAUUGGAAGAGGUUUUCAUUGUGAUGGCUCGUGGAACUCCUCAUCCGGAAUCGAUUCGGCUCUUGAGAAGCAGCCGAGAUUUGUACAGGUGUUGAAUUCAUCCUCCAAAUCCACUGCAGGUUUGAAGUCUACCAAGAACUUGAAGUCAAAAUCAAAAUCAUCAUCGAGACUUUCUUUACCCCUUGAUUUCUGGUCCUCAGCUAGAGUAAGAUAUCCCGAGAGAUGGAAGCAUGUUGCAAGGCCGAGAGGAGAAAAAGGUGAAGCCAUUACUGUUCAAGAUUUCUUUGGAAUAUAA